GAUGGCGCUGCUCGUUAAAACCUUGCAGAGACAACGCCAAGAAGUUUUACAACAAUGCGAGUCGAGCGUCAACCCAACAUGUCCAGCAAGAAGGCAGCUGAUGAGCGCAUCUCCAAGUUCAAAAACAAGGGGAAAUAUCCGGCGAAACUUCGAGAGAAGAGGAUCAGCGAGUGCGUGGAGCUGCGCAAAGCUCACAAAAACGAAAAUCUUCUGAAGAGGAGGAGGAUCACGCUGUCCUCUCUGCCGGACGAGGAGGCGCUUUCACCUCAUGGAGACUCUGUGGGCUUCGGGGUCGAGGAGAUCAUCACGGCCGUGAAGAGCCAGAGCAUCGCAGCCCAGAUUCAAGGCUGUCAGGCAGCCAGGAAGCGGUUUUCCAAAAGUUGUGAUGCCCCUCUGAAGGAGAUGAUUGAUGCUGGCCUGCUGUCACACUUUGUGUCCUUUCUGUCCAUGGAUGAAGAGCCAGCUCUGCAGUUUGAAGCAGCCUGGGUUCUCACCAACAUCGCCUCUGGAACAUCUUGGCACACGCAGCAGGUGGUGGAACAUGGAGCUGUAGCUGCUUUCAUCAACCUGCUGGCUUCACCCAUGCUGCACAUCAGUGAACAGGCCAUCUGGGCUCUGGGAAAUAUUGCAGGCGAUGGUCCAACUUAUCGAGACGUUCUCAUUGAAUGCAACAUCAUCCCAGCACUGUUGGUUCACAUCUCUCCAGACACUCCAGUUGGGUACUUGCGCAACCUGACAUGGACAUUGUCUAAUCUCUGCCGAUACAAAGACCCGUAUCCACCUUUGUCUGCAGUCCACCAGCUGCUUCCUCCUUUGAUCCAGCUGCUCCAUCUCAGUGACAAGGACAUCUUGUGUGAUGCAUGCUGGGCGUUCUCUUACCUGACGGGUAGCAGCAACGAUCGCAUUGAAGUUGUUGUAAAAACUGGCAUUGUUCCUCGACUGGUGGAGCUCAUGAGCCACAAAGAGUUUUGUGUUCUGAUUCCAGCUCUCCGUGCAAUUGGAAACGUUGUGAGUGGUUCAGAUAUGCACACUCAGACAGCAAUCAAUGCAGGAGUUCUCAACAUCUUGCCCCAGUUGCUCAGGCACAAUAAACCCAACGUGCAGAAGGAAGCAACAUGGGCUCUGUCAAACAUCGCUGCAGGACACUGUAAACAAAUCCAGCAGCUCAUCACCUGUGGUUUGCUUCCUCCUCUUGUGGAAGUGCUGAGGAAUGGAGACUUCAAGACUCAAAGGGAAGCAGUGUGGGCAGUGACCAACAUCACCAGUGGGGGAACUGCAGAGCAGAUGGUCCAGUUGGUGCAGAGUGGAGCCCUGGAAGCUAUAAUAAACCUGCUGCAAGUCAAAGAUGCCAAAGUCAUUUUAAUCAUUCUGGAAGCUAUAAACAAUAUGUUCAAGGCUGCAAAGAAACUUGGUGAGUCUGAGUCGGAGAAACUAAGUGCGUUGAUUGAAGAGCUGGGAGGACUGGAACGGAUCGAGAUUCUGCAGAACCAUGAAAAUAACGCGGUGUACCAGACUGCACUAAACCUGAUGGAGGAACACUUCAGUCUUGGUGACCGUGAUGGAGUCCAGGUCAACUCUAGCCAAAACUCGUUUUUGUUUCAGACCUGUACAUUCAGAUUUUAAACUUGUAAUCUCUUUGUUUUUAGUUCAUGUGAUGCUUGAUACUAGUGUGAAUUUUAGU